AUGUAUCAGCUAUGUGAGAUGGUGUAUUUUGAAAUCCCAUUCAAGAAUAGACGAUUCAGGCAUGCUGAGCCAAAUCCAUGCACCUGCACCUCAACAUUUCCGAAACCGGGUGUGUUUGCGUUUGAUUUGCUUUACCUUUUUCCGUGUUUUUGUUGGGUUCUGAAGAUGAACAAGAAGGGCUGCGAGUUGUGUCCCCCAGCUCGUGGCUUUCUUCAAGGCCUUGUCCACGAAGCAGAUCCUGAAGUUUCGCGCGCAAUGAAACCCGACAUGGACCUUGGAGUCUUUGCAGCUUGGCUGCUGUUUUGUUUGGCCAGGUGA